UACAUGCCAAAAAUGUUUCCAGUUCUAGACAAGAGGCCAUGACCAGUGAGCAGCCAGCGUCCGGUAAGCCCAAGCUUCUUCCUUUUCCAAAAUGCUCCUCCCGAAAUCCUACCACAGACCCAAUCUUCCAGAACUCGUCUCCUCCAAAGCCCGAUUCUCUUCUCUUUCUUCUACUUCCCAUGCCCUUCUUGUAGACAAAGCCAUCACUCUUCUCAAAUUCCACCCCCAUCACCUCGAUUCCUUAUCCUCCCGUUUCACCCCUCAAUCCGCUUCAUAUUUCCUACUCAAGUCCCAAUUCGACCAAACCCUAACCCUAAAAUUCCUCACCUGGGCUCGGAACCACCCUUUCUUCGAUUCCCAUUGCAAAUGCCUCUCUCUCCACAUUCUCACCCGCUUCAAGCUCUACAAAACUGCCCAAACCCUGGCCCAAGAACUCGCCCUCAGUGCCAGCGACCCCUCCGGUUCUUCCAUUUUUCAGUGCCUUAAAGAUUCUUACCAUGUCUACAAUUCGAGUUCUGCGGUGUUCGAUCUCAUGGUGAAGUCCUAUUCUCACUUGAACAUGAUUGAUCAGGCUGUGAAUACUAUUAAUUUAGCAAAAUCCAGUGGGUUUAUGCCUGGUGUUUUGUCGUAUAAUUCGGUUCUUGAUGCAAUUGUUAGGUCUCGGGGUUCAGUUAAAUUGAGUGCUGAGGAGGUGUAUAGAGAGAUGAUUAGGAGUAGGGUUUCACCAAAUGUGUAUACCUAUAACAUCUUGAUUCGCGGAUUUUGCAGUGUAGGGGAAUUGCAGAAGGGUUUGGGUUGCUUUGGUGAAAUGGAGAGAAAUGGGUGUUUGCCGAAUGUGGUUACUUAUAAUACCUUAAUUGAUGCAUAUUGCAAAAUGGGGAGGAUUGAUGAAGCAUUUGGGUUGUUAAAGUCAAUGUCUUCGAAGGGUAUGCAGCCAAAUUUGAUUUCAUACAAUGUUAUCAUUAAUGGGUUGUGUCGAGAAGGGAGUAUGAAGGAAGCAUGGGAGAUUCUUGAGGAGAUGGGUUAUAAGGGUUUUACUCCAGAUGAGGUGACUUAUAAUACGCUCCUGAAUGGGUAUUGUAAGGAGGGUAAUUUUCAUCAAGCGCUUGUUAUUCAUGCGGAGAUGGUGAGGAAUGGUGUCUCUCCAAGCGUUGUUACUUACACUGCAUUGAUUAAUAGUAUGUGUAAGGCUCGAAAUUUGAAUCGAGCAAUGGAGUUCUUUGAUCAGAUGCGCAUUAGAGGGCUUCGUCCUAAUGAGAGAACAUAUACAACCUUGAUUGAUGGGUUCUCCCGGCAGGGGCUUUUGAAUGAAGCUUAUCGGAUUUUAAAUGAGAUGACUGAGAGUGGAUUCUCACCUUCAGUUGUGACUUAUAAUGCAUUCAUCCAUGGGCACUGUGUCUUGGAAAGAAUGGAGGAGGCUCUAGGAGUGGUUCAGGAAAUGGUGGAGAAAGGGUUGGCCCCUGAUGUAGUAAGUUAUAGUACAAUUAUAUCUGGAUUUUGUAGAAAAGGAGAGUUGGAUAGAGCAUUCCAAAUGAAGCAGGAGAUGGUGGAGAAGGGUGUGUCGCCAGAUGCUGUUACAUAUUCAUCACUCAUUCAAGGUCUCUGUGAGAUGAGGAGACUAACGGAAGCCUGUGAUCUUUCCCAAGAGAUGUUGGACAUGGGCCUGCCUCCAGAUGAAUUUACAUAUACAACGCUGAUCAACGCAUAUUGUGUAGAAGGAGAUCUAAAUAAGGCUCUUCAUUUACAUGAUGAAAUGAUACAUAAGGGCUUCCUUCCUGAUGCUGUUACCUACAGUGUGCUUAUUAAUGGACUUAAUAAACAAGCUCGCACAAGGGAAGCAAAGCGGCUUCUCUUCAAGUUGAUUUAUGAGGAGUCUGUUCCAAGUGAUGUCACAUAUGACACACUGAUAGAGAAUUGCAGUAAUAUUGAAUUCAAGAGCGUGGUGGCUCUCAUUAAGGGAUUUUGUAUGAAGGGGUUAAUGCAUGAAGCAGAUCGAGUUUUUGAAUCUAUGGUUGAGAGAAACCACAAACCUGGUGAGGCAGUUUAUAAUGUUAUUAUACAUGGUCAUUGUAGGGGUGGAAAUUUGCCAAAGGCAUUUAAUUUAUACAAGGAAAUGAUUCAUUCUGGGUUUGUCCCUCAUACUGUGACUGUCAUCACUCUGAUUAAAGCACUUUUCAAGGAGGGAAUGAAUGAGGAGAUGAGUGAAGUCAUAGGCGACACAUUGAGAAGCUGUAGACUGAAUGAGGCUGAGCUUGCAAAAGUUCUUGUUGAGAUUAACCAUAAAGAAGGGAACAUGGAAGCAGUUCUUAAUGUGCUUACUGACAUGGCUAAGGAUGGCCUCCUUCCAAAUAGUGGGAAAACUGCCUAUGCUGGGGGAUAAACCCUAUUAUAGAUCUUCAGGGAGUAUGGAAUACGUUCUUCAUGUACAAUAGACGCCAUAAGGGAGAACAGAUCAAAGUCUACUAUUCCUUCACGUUCUCUGUAUCCACGCUUUGGUUAUAUCUGAUAGAAUUCUUUCCAGUGCUACUAUUUACAACUUUCAAUUUACAUGA